AUGACUUCACCGACCAUUCAUCCUUCCAUGCAAUGGUUGGUUCGAAUUUACUUCUUUCUCUGUUUAUUUUCAAUAUUUAUCAUCAUUACAUUCCAUGGACAGCUCGGACGUGUUCAUGAGGAGUCUGGCAAUGAGGAAAGUAUACUCCGAAAAAUUACAACUACCGGAGGAAAUUUACUGAAAAAACAACACUGGCUCGUGAACAAGAUAUUGGACAAGAUAAAUUCGCAAGAGCAACCACAGGCUAAUCAACCAAUACCGAAUCAACUUGAUCAUGUAAAUGAAGAUAUUCCUAAUAAGAAUGAUCAAAGAAGGACGAAACAAAAAUCAAUGCCUCCUCUUGUUUGUUCCAAAGCCAUGACCAGCUCUCAACCAGAUAUUCCGAAUUUUCAAUCUCGAGUUUGUUAUAAUGAUUACGAUUGUGGAUUAUUGAAACGAUGGAGAGACAAUAGGAUUGAAAUGUGUCUUCCAACCAAGGAUGAAGGGUCCUCUCUCACAUGCUACAUGACCACCAAUGAGCAUGUACCAGCAGCUACUCGACCUCACACCAUUUGUCAAUCGAAUAAUUUAAUAAUUGAUUUUUCAAAAUUAAUUCCUGCUCAAUGUUUAAAGUAUAGACCUGGAUAUUUGUGUCGAAGAAAUACAUAUUUCAAUUAUUUGGAAGGUGCUCUGGUGGCCGAUUGUGAAAUUAGCAAAUCACGAUUUACACUUGACAAGUUUCCAAAUGAUUUUGGAAAGGACAUUUUUUCUUCUUUCAAAAUGCUCAGAGAUGCACCUAAAAAAGAAGAAUUAUUUAUUGAUGGAACGACAAUUUUUGUAUCGAGAGAAAUUGAUGAGCAUGUGAACAUGUUUCAUGCAUCUACUGAUUUUUUCAACACCUAUUUAAUGUAUGAAUUUUUCCAAAUUCAAGAUAAUGAUCAAGUCCAAGUAGUUCUUCUUGACGAUCACUUCCCAGGACCUUACGACAUGAUUUGGAAUAAUACAUUCUCAUUUAGAAGACCAAUGAAGCGAGCAAAGGAGUUUUCUGGAAAGAUUGUCAAGUUUGAAAAAGCCAUCUUUCAGCCUGCUGGAUAUGCUUCUCCCUUAUUGUCUCAUUUGACUGAUUUUUCAAAGGGCAAUCCCAAUCAAUGUUCUCAACGGUUGAAAACACUUACAGCUUAUACUGAGAGAAUUAUUGAAGGAUUUAACAUUCCAACACGUUCAAGCCAACCCAGUAGUGAAAUCAUUCGAGUUCUUCUCGUGAGUAGAAGACCCUACAACAAGAAUGGAGUCGAACAUAGUUAUAUGGGACGACAAAUUGCAAAUGAAGAUGAUCUAUUGAAGGCUCUCAAAAAGUACGAACUCGAUCACAAGACUAUUGUAGUUGAGAGAGUUGAUUUCGCUCAACUCAGUUUCAAGGAACAAAUUCAAAAAACCUAUCAUUCAGACUUUUUGAUAGGAAUGCAUGGUGCCGGCCUUACUCACGCAUUUUGGCUGCCACCUUCACGAUCAGCUGUUCUUGAAUUGUGGUCUCUCAAGGAAGUUCAAAAUUGGCAAUGUUUUGAACAAAUCACACUUUGGAAAGGAAACUUGUACGAAAUUUGGAAAAAUUCCAAUCCAAAGAACCAUUGGAAAGAUAGUAAGGGUGACUAUACGAUUGUGGAUGUGGAUGAAUUUAUGACAACAUUUGAGAGAAUGCUCAAAGAUCUUAGAGCUAUGCGAAAAAAUUUGUAG